ACACCGCUGCGUGUGACGUUACAGUCGGCGGAAAGCUGUUUGUUCUGGAUUCGGGGAGGAAGAUCUGCGCGCGUACCAAAAAGCCACUUAAAAGAGAAGAUUGUCCCCGUGGCGUAACCACCUGUAGCUUGUAUUAUUUCUGAUGGCUGUUACAAGGCAAACCUGAACAUGUCCUGCUCAAGGAUUGGAUCAGAAUGUUGGCUCACUUUUGUUGUGUGAGACUACACAUUCAGUACAAGCUUAUUUUUGACUUCACUUAUCAAGCAUCUGAUUUUUAUUUGCUGAAGAGUAUACACUGGAGAGUAAUUGUUUGACAUUGUGAAUCUUCAAAAUGAGCCCUUUCAAAUAGGGCCUUUGGGAAAUCAUCUAACUUUGCAAUCAAACAGAAAACAUCAAUACAGAGCCUGGUGAGGUGUGCGAUGGGAUCAGUGGUAUGUCUACGGAGACUGGCCCUGGGACGAGACUGAGAAACUUGCCAGCCAUGGGGGAUGGAUUGGAAACCACGCAGAUGUCCACAGGACAAGGCCAGGGCCUGGCCUCCCAACCAGUGCCCACCUUUAAUAACCCGUCGCCACCAGAGAUUUCUAGCUCAGGCCGGCCCAAGCGGCAGACUAAUCAGUUGCAGUAUCUACUAAAGGUUGUUCUCAAGGCACUGUGGAAGCACCAGUUUGCAUGGCCUUUCCAGCAACCUGUUGACGCCGUCAAGCUCAACCUUCCUGACUAUUACAAGAUAAUUAAGUGUCCAAUGGACAUGGGAACAAUCAAGAAGCGACUAGAAAAUAGCUACUACUGGAAUGCACAAGAAUGUAUCCAAGAUUUCAACACAAUGUUUACUAACUGUUAUAUUUACAACAAGCAAGGAGAUGACAUAGUCUUAAUGGCAGAAACCCUGGAGAAGAUGUUCCUCCAGAAGAUCUCAGAAAUGCCUGAGGAUGAGACUGAAAUUUUGGUUGUCCCACCUACACCCAGAGGACGAGGUCGAGGGAGAAAAGAAGGAGCUGUCAAUUCAAAGCCUGGAACAGAAAUUGAAUCUUCAACACCUCCACAAACUAGAGCCUUGCAAACAGUACCACAGACUCCCCAAACCAGAGGAGUGACACAGACUGCCCAAAUGUCACAGACAAGAGACUCUUCACAGAAUGCCCAGGCUUCACAGAUCAGAGGACCACCGCAGACCCCUCCAGCUUCCAUCCAUCGGGUGCCUCCACAAAAUACACAGACUCCUCCUCCUCCACCACCUCCACAGAACAGGGGGGCAACACAAUCUCCGUCAGCUCUUCCCAUAAGAGCUACUCCUCAGCCUGCACCCAACCCUCCUUCUCGAACAGGUUCUGCGCCGCCUCCUGCUACUGCACAGCCACCAACUAAUUUUCCAAUAGUUAUACCUGACUGCAUUGUUCAGACACCGGUUAUGACCACCGUGCCUCCUCCUGCUCAGACUGCACUGCCUACUGCCCCAGUUAUUCAAACAUCCACUGCACCAGCAAAGCCUAAGAAAGGUGUGAAGAGGAAAGCAGACACUACCACACCUACCACGAUUGACCAGAUGAGUGAGUCUCCUUUGCCUGCUGAGCCAAAACCUGGUAAAACUUUGCCUAGAAGGGAGAGCAACCGGGCACUCAAACCAGUUAAAAAGGAAGCUCCUGAUUCUCAACAGUCAGCUUUGGCAUUUGAAAAUCCUAGUGGGGCUAUCAGCAGUAACUCUGGAGGAACCAAGCAAGUUGAGCAGCUUCGGCACUGCAGUGGCAUCAUUAAGGAGAUGUUUGCCAAAAAGCACGCUGCCUAUGCCUGGCCUUUCUAUAAACCUGUUGAUGUUGAAGCACUUGGGCUGCAUGAUUAUUAUGAUAUCAUUAAGCAUCCUAUGGACUUGAGCACUAUAAAAAUGAAAUUGGAGAAUAAAGGCUACAGAGAUGCUCAGGAGUUUGCAGCUGAUGUACGAUUGAUGUUUUCUAAUUGUUACAAAUACAAUCCUCCAGACCAUGAGGUUGUAGCCAUGGCACGGAAACUGCAGGAUGUUUUUGAAAUGCGUUUUGCAAAGAUGCCAGAUGAACCAGAUGAGCCUUCCAUUCAUGUGCCGACCCCAGUGAUCCCUGCUCCCACCAAACAGCCUGCUAUGGCUCUCCCUCCAUCCUCCAGUGACAGUAGCAGUGAUAGCUCUUCAGACAGUGAGAGCUCCACUGAUGACUCAGAAGAGGAGCGUGCACAGCGACUUGCAGAACUGCAAGAGCAGCUUAAAGCAGUGCAUGAACAGUUAGCAGCAUUAUCCCAGCCACAGGCAAACAAACCAAAGAAAAGAGAGAAGGAUAAGAAAGAAAAGAAAAAAGAAAAGCACAAGAAGAAAGUGACAGAGGAAGUGCCCAUUGUUGAAGAACAGUCGAAAAAGAGCAAGAUGAAAGAUCCACCAAAAAAAGCCAAGAAGAGCAGCAACAAAAAGGAGCCCACAGCUGUGAAAAAUAGUAAGCCCUUACCCCAACCACCCCCACCAGUCUCUGCUGCUCCGCCUCCUGCUGUCUAUGAGUCAGAGGAAGAAGCUGAAAAGUGUAAACCAAUGUCUUAUGAGGAGAAGCGCCAACUUAGCCUAGACAUUAACAAGCUACCUGGAGACAAGCUGGGGCGUGUUGUACACAUCAUCCAGUCAAGGGAGCCCUCAUUGAAAAACUCCAAUCCUGAUGAGAUUGAGAUUGAUUUUGAAACCUUGAAGCCCUCUACACUAAGAGAACUUGAGAGAUACGUUUCGUCUUGUCUUCGAAAGAAGCGAAAGCUACCAGUGGCAGAGAAGACCUUUGAAACAACCCCUGUUGUAAAAGCGAAGGCUGGAACUUCGUCAGAAUCGGAGAGCAGCAGUGAAUCUAGCUCUUCUGAGAGUGAAGAAUCAGAUGCAGAUGCUGCUCCGAAAAAGAGGAAAUUAAAUUCUUCACGUGAACAGAAAAAGCAUCACCACCACCAUGUUCAAACUGCAGGAACGCCAGCUUCACAGCAGCCUGUGGUCCAACCAGUGCCCCAGCAGCUGAGGCAGUCUCCUCCACAGUUCUCUUCCCCACCCGUUUCAGUUUUGGAUAGCUUUGAAUCCAUGCCUCACUUUGGACAGACUAUGAUGCACCUUCCCCAUCCAAACGAACUACAAGCUCACUUGCCCCCGCCGACUGAGCAACAUGCUUCACCAUCACAUCUCAACCAGCAUGCCACUGUGGUUUCUCCUCACAAUGAACAGCAUCCAUACCUCAGCCAGCAUGCCGUUCUCUCUCCUCCUGCUUUGCACAAUGCAAUGCCACAGCAGCCCUCAAGACCAAGCAGCAGAGCAGCACCUCUACCUCCUAAACAACCACAACAGCCACAUCAGCAACACCACCAGAUACCCUCUCAGCCACCACCUUCUCAUCGGACUCACUCGCAGUCUCCCAGCUUGACAACUCAGAGCCUGCUCUCUUCACAGACUCCUUUGUCCUCCCAGCCACCUCAGAUGCUAUUGGAGGAUGAUGAACCCACGCCACCCCACCAUACUAUGCCAGUUAAUCCAAUGCAGAUGUACUUGCAGCAGCAGCUUAAAGCACAGAUGCAACAUCAACAGACUCCGCUCCUUCAGUCUGUCCAGGUUCAGUCACAGCCACAGCCCCAACCGCCUCCUCAGCCUCCUGCUCCUCAGGUUCCUCCACAGCAACAGCAACCGCAGCCCCCACCAGCCAUCCAACAGCAGCAGCACCAUCCACCUCCAGCGCAACAGAGACACCAUCAUAUGCAACCACUGUCUUACCCAGCCCAUAUUCAACCACCACCACCGAAUCCAAUUCAGCAGCAGCAACCUCCGCCUUCUGCGCAGCAGCACAAGCCUCCAGUCCAGUCCCAGCAAGCAAAACCACAACAGGUCAUCCAGCAUCACCACAACCCAUCUCCACGGCAACACAAGCCCGAUCCCUACUCUGGUGGGCACAUGCGGGAGGCUCCAUCACCACUGAUGAUGCAUUCCCCACAAAUGACACAGUUUCAACCUAUGGUGCACCAGUCUCCCCCUGAACAGAAUGUACAGCCUAAAAAGCAGGAGCAAAGACAUCAGUCAGUGGUUCAAUCACAAUCUAUAGGCGGAGUAAAAGAAGAUAAAGUUCAUUCUCCUGUCAUCCGGCCAGAGUCAUUCAGCUUGUCUGUUCGCCAGGAGCCAGCCAAGCACUCGGACAGCAUUAAGCCUCCUGUGCACAUUCAGCAAAGGUCUGAGCUUAAACCUAUGGAGUCAUCACGGCCUGUUAUCCGCCCCUCUGACCAGAGUGGACCAGCUGCUUCAGCUCAGGACAAAGACAAGUUAAAACAAGAGCCUAAAACACCUGUUGCACCUAAAAAGGAUUUAAAACUCAAGAACAUGGGAUCAUGGGCAAGUCUAGUACAGAAAUCAACUUCGGCUCCUUCAUCAACUGUAAAAUCAUCUAGUGACAGUUUUGAGCAGUUUCGAAGGGCAGCCCGUGAAAAAGAGGAACGGGAAAAAGCCCUUAAGGCCCAGGCAGAGCAAGCAGAGAAGGAGCGCAUCAAGAGGGAGCAAGAGAAAAUGAGGAAUCGAGAAGGAGAAGAUGCUCUAGAACAGGCUCGCCGUGUUCAUGAAGAGGCACGCAGGCGGCAGGAACAACAACAACAACAACAACAGCAACAGCAGCAACAGCAACAGCAGCAGGCGGCCCAAGCAGCUCCUGCCUCUUCUCAGUCUCUGAGCUCGCAGCAGCCUCCUCAGUCUCAGCAUCAACAUUCAUCACAGAUCAUGCUGGACCAGCAGAGAGAAAUGGCACGGAAACGUGAGCAGGAGAGGAGAAGGAGGGAAGCGAUGGCAGCUACCAUUGACAUGAAUUUCCAGAGCGAUUUGAUGGCAAUAUUUGAGGAGAAUCUUUUUUAAAGUGUGCUCCCGUUUGUGUCUCCAAAUGGACUCUUAAAGUACUGUUUCGAAUUUUGCUUUCCAACAAAUCCUUGACGCUCUCGUGUUAAAGCAAGGGGAUAGGAAGUAAAAUUGAAAGACACGGACGGGAGUGGGGUGGGAGGGUCUUCAAGAGUAACAUUGAAGGAUGUUGAGGUCUUUUUCUAGUGCAAAUGGAAGAACUUGUGAAAAGCUGCGGUGCGAAAUGCGUGUGAGGACUGCAAACAGUGGUGUGAGGUCAAGGGGUCUUGAAUACACAAACAGUCUGCCUUACACUUUUGACUUGUGUACACACAAUAUAUAAAUAUAUAUAUAUAAAUAUAAAUAUACACCUGAAAAUAUGAACAAAGAAUGGAGAAUUCAAGGAUAUCCUGAGCACAGCUGUGCUGUUUUUUCUUUUUUUUUUUCUUGUCAUCUGUAGGAUGUACUACUGUAAAUUUUCUUUUUCCCCUUUGCAAAUACUCUGUUAACUGUUUAUGCCAUUUUUGCAGUGCAUUGAGAAUUUAAUUUUUCUGUUUUUUUUUUUUUGUUUUUUUUUUUGUUUUUUUUAUAUAACAACUUGCUAGCUAAUAUUUUGUUAUGCAUUUCAACCCUCAGCCUAGCACCUACUUACUCAUCUGCCCCUAGCUUAAAUUGCAUAAAUUAUGUCUCCUGUGGAACUGACUAAAGUGGGGAGAGAAAGAGACCUGUUCACGCAUCACAUGCUAUAAUCACUACACGUUAAAAAUAAGGAAAUUGAAAAGGAGGGUGAAAACAUCUAUUGUUUUACUACCAGAGCAUCUUUUUCUGACCCUGUUUGAAAAUCCUUCUUGAAGCUAUAUAUAUAUAUAUAUAUAUAUAUAUAUAUAUAUAUAUAUAUAUAUAUAUAUAUAUAUAUAUAUAUAUAUAUAUAUAUAUAUAUAUAUAUAAUUUAUUGUUUUUAUAUUACCCCUUAAUUCAAACAUUCUCCCAAUCCUUCUUGCUCACCUGGCCUUGAAAACAAAAAAGUCUUCAAAAAUGUAUCAACUUGAUUUUUUUUUUCUCCCAAACCAGAUUAAUAACAAAAAGGGAAUUGUAGUUGUCAUUGUAUGCAGAGUAAGAUAGUUAAUAUUUGCAAGAAUGAGUUUUUUGGGGUUUAUUUUUCUGUGUGUGUGUAGGUUUUUUUAAUAUAUAUAAAUUGGAAAAAAAAAUCACCUGUCAAGAUUUUCGGGAACAAAGCUGAACUUCUCAACCAAAGUCUGCGUCUUUCAGUCACGCUUGUAUUCCUCAGGAGUAGAAAUGACGAUGGCACUGCUAACAAGGAAAAAAAACACGUUCUUCUGAUAACUUGUAUCAUUGUCCUCGUUCAGUAGUAGUUGAGUGAAACUUUAAUUUGUUUAACAGCAGAGGGUGCUGUUGCUCUCUCUUUCUAGUGUUCGGCCGUGCCUGUAUUGUAUAGUGAUUAUAGCUGGCAUACAUGUAAUUGUUUGAUGGGAUGGGUGGGGGGUGGGCAAUCCUUGCUAAUCCUGAGGUCUGUGUAAAAGACACUUCACUCAUUUUACUCUAUUUUAAACCUUUUUUUUUUUUUUUUUUUUUUUUUUUUUUUUUUUGCUUUUUUUUUAAAUUUUAUUUUAAAUGUACACCGGGUGGGGGUGGGUGGGAGGGGUGGAACACAAUGCUUCAUUUAAUAUAAUCUGUUUUUAUGUGAAAUUGUUAGGUUUUUAUACAUAAAUAAAUGACAAAGAUUAUGAGGUGAUGUUCUGUGUACAGGCCUUUGUGGAAUUUAAUAUGGCUGAUAAACAUGUCAGUCAGUGUGUGUUGCCAUUCCCCCCACACUUCCCCAUUUGAGUGAAAUCUCAUUUCAGUGCUCCUUCAUUCCUUGUCCUUAUAACUUUUAAUGUGUUUGGAUAUGUUAUCCUUGUUAUGUUAACAGUUUAAAAAGUUAUGUGCCAUAACUAUCCUUAUACAGUACAAUACUGAUGUCAGUAUUGCCCAGAAUUCUUCUUGGUAUAUCUUAAGUAAAACAGGAGGAAUAUGAUUUGGUUUGUACUGAUCAUGGAAUAAACUCAUAACUUUCUUUUUUUUCUUAAUACUGGGUGUGUCUGUUUUUCACAGUGUGCCCUGUUUUGGAAAGGACUGUUUUUUUCUGUUCUGUUUAAUGCUGGGCUUGGAAGGGAACUGGGCAGUGGGGCCUCUCACCCAUAUGAUCCAGUUAAAAGAACCAACCAAAAUAUGCAGGAGUAAAGAUUAAGAAGAUAUUGUACCUUCAAGCAAGACUGUCUAAUUAAUAUGGCUUUUAGGCAGCCUCAUGCAAUGUUUUGAAGUAGGGUAUUGUAGUUCUUCAGGAAAUCUCUGGACUCUGGAGGCAAUUAUUUAAAUGCAGCACAGUUAAAACUUACAUUUUAAUUGAAAGUGACAGGAAGUAAAGGACAGGGAAGAGGCUGCUUUUGGGGUGUGAUUUCUUAGGUAAGUAAUUAAGCCAGAGACACAUGUAAUAAAUUAGUGGGAUUACGAGAAAGCACUUGAGAACGAAACUAUGAAAAUUGUGCUCGAUAAUGAUGUUCUAAUUACUCUUUAAAAGUAGGAUUGGUAGUAUAUAUGUGUGUGUAUUUCCACAAAUACAAACAUACCUAAAACAAAAAACUGGAAGUUGAGCUUUGUUUUUGUGCUAAUGCGGUCUUUCGGCCUUCAGUAUUGCACUCUGAGAUGUACAUAUAUGAAAUGUUUAUCUUGCUGGGAGGGAAGGUUAAAGUUUUAUUCCUACUCUGCACCAAAGAAUAUCUUUAGAACUGUAAACAGAUACCUGAAAUCAUGGUGGAAAUGUACAAUGUGUAUUGAGCUAGAUAAAUCUGUGAUACACUAAAAAAAACUUGACUGUUGUGUGCAAGUAUGUGUUCUUUUAUCUGUACAUCUGAUUCAUUGAUUCUUCCUUUUAAAAACCUGAAUGAAUUCUGGCUUGGAUAUUUUAAGUAGUCACUGUGGGGGAAAUUUUAAAAGUUAUGGGGAAGAGAGUGUAAGCAGGUUUCAGGUAAAAAGUUUAAUACAUGUACGAAUGUAUCAAUGCAAAUGGAAUUCAGUUUGUGUAAUCAAAAUGUAAACUUAAUCUGUUUGCUCUUAAUGAAUGUAUUUGAUCUAAGGUAUUUUAUUACCCUAAAAUCUUAAGAUACAUGAUUUUAAACUGAAAAGAAAACUCUUUUUAAUGAUUUGAAAAAACUGUACUCCUCGAGGACUACAGUCUGUUAGCUGUUUCCAUUGAACACUUUGGACUUUUCUGUAUGAAAAUGAUACACUCUGCACCAGUGAUAACUUGCAAUCUUCAAAAGUGAGGUUUACUGUUUUCAGCAAGACCUCAUGUGUGAUUGAACAUGAAGUGAAAUUGUGUGGUGUUUUCUUCUCACUCCCAAGAAGAAGAAAAAUGUUAAACCAGGAGGAGCCAUGGGCCUUAAGGAUGGGGAAUUCUUCCCUUAUCUAUUAAUUGAUCCCGGAUCUUUGAGGGAAGAGUCUCCUGAUGCUUAGUGUCUUACAUUGGAUGAUAUGAAAAAAAUUCAGUACUUCAUGUUCCUUUUGAUUUGCAAGCUUUUACUGAAAUACAUGCCAGAUGUCUCAGAAUAGUAGCUUGCUUUCUUACCUUCUGUUAGCCACAGUGUGAGACGUUAUUCACUACUGUCUUUUGAUAACAGUAUGCUUUAAUAAAACCAAGUAAAAUGCCUCAGAAUUUAAAAAUAUUUGAGUUCUGAGAGCUUAUUUGAAUUAAUAAACUACCCAUUAACAUCUCUGAACCUUGAUCAAGUCAUUGUGAAAAAGAAAGUCCAGGCUUUGGCUCAUGUUGAGGCCUACAGAUGAAUUCUAUGAGAAAUUGAAAUUGUUCACCCCAUUAGUAUUUUUGAUCAAUGUAUAAUUUUAGUAAAGCAAGACGUAAGCAAGUAGGUGCAUACAUUUCUGGCAAUUAAGAUUGUUCGAGGCACAAAGUUUAGAGAAAAGCAGCAGUGAUCAUUUUGUUGUACAAUGAAACAUUAAAGUUCAGUGACACCCCCCCCAUUUUGCUUUACUGUUAUCAUGCAGAACAGCAACAUGUUUUAUAAUUAUUCACCAUUGUCUAAUUUUAAAUGGCUAAGGGAGAGGUCUGCCUUAGUUUUAACUAUUGAUAUACCAGCUGCUAGUAGCUGUAACUUUUAUUUGUGAUUACAUGAAGAGCCAACUGGAGACUUGCCACUGUCAGAUGUACAAAAAUUGCCACAAGUUGCAUUAGGUUUUUUUUCCUGGCGCUGGAGCAAUCAAGUUACUAAUUGGGGAGCUGUUUGCUUGCAGUAUUUUAUUGCUUAGUAUUAUGACAGAGCGACUGAGCUUGAAAUCCAGUGCAGUACUUCGACAUGCAGAUGUUUUAGAAAAGAAAACUUGUCAGAUCUGCAAGGCACAUUUCCGAGUAUUAGUUGUGUCCUUUGUAUUGUUUUUGUGUCAGGUGCUCUUCUUAGCUCCUCUGCAAGUUAAAUUCUAGCAGGGACAUUUUAACAGAGACAGAAUUAUUUGGGAGAAGUUCAGAGAAGCACAUUCAUCCUUUUUAUGUUCAUGGUGCUGAUAAAUUUUGUAACUUUGUUUUCCAGCCACGUUUUGUUUACUAAUUACUUUUUGGAAUUACGGAUAGACAACUCCUUAAGAGUUCUCCUUAAAUUGGUGUUAAGAUUGUUGGAAUGUGAAUGUUAGUUUAUUUGCUUCAUUGUUGUAUGUUACAAAGAUAGUGAAGUUCUUAUACUCCAUAUAUUACAGUUUUUAUACUUAAUUAGAAAACACAUUUCUAGGCCCUUAAUUUAGCAUUUGCUAUGCAUUUUAAUUGAGUAGUGCAGCCUUAAUUGAGUGGGUGAAAAUCAUUUUGUUCAAAUGGUUUGCUUCUUGUAAGUCUUACAUAACUAACUUGAAAUAGCAGUAUUAGCAAUGCCAGACCUAGAUAUAAAUGAUUUAAAGCAGUGUUAAAUACCUGUUUAAUACAAAUUUCUAAGAUGGCUUCCAGUGGAGUAAUCCACUUACAAGUUUGAACCCAACCGAAACAUUGGUUUCCAAGUACGGCCCUGUGACUAAUUAGGUUUUUGUACCAACAGUUGCACAACUGGUGAGUCAGUUUAGGUGGAAUUGAUCUCAUUGUUUAUUUAACUGCCAUUUUUCUUUGCAUGGGAAUUUAGAUGGGCAGCAGUGUGGGGUUUACAUUAAUAAGAAACAUUGUUUAAAGUACUUAACUCUCUUUUGUUAUUUUGCUAUUAUCUCGCUUUUUUCUGCGGAGAUUGCUCACUUCAUUGUGUCCUUAUACAGACAAUUAAUGACCAGAAGAGCAGACAGCCAUGCAAAUGACACUGAAUGGUGUAAGACUUGAAACUAGCUUGAACAAAAACCUGUAGCCAUAGGAAUCCCCCAGGAGUAAACAUGGAAACCAGGGUACUAAGUGAUGCUUCUCUCAUAAAACCCAUUUUUCUGCUUUGAACAAAUGCAACAAAUAGACAUAUUUGUUUUUAGUUGAGUGACUGCAUGUUGAAUUAAGAAAUUUGAAGGUGUCAUUAUGCCCAUAACAAGGUAUUGGUCGUCUUCCUUGCUCCAUAGUUUUGCGUUUCAUUAAUCGCACUCUUUGUUAGUUGACUCAUGCAUUGUGCACUUUUAAAGGCAUUGGGGUGACACUUUUAGUUUUCUGUACUUGGACAUUGUGAAUGGGGUUGUGUUAAAGUGUAUUUGUUAAAGACUUUUGUAUUUGUCAUAUAGUGCCUUUCAUACCUAUGUGUCUUUGCAAUUUUCAAGGUAAUAUAUUUACACAAACUAACAUUGGCACUGUGCUCUGUACACUAGACAAUGAUGUGUCAAUCUGUCUAUCCAUCCUAAUCUGUAAAUUAAUUUUUUUCCCCAUAUUUAAUUGUUCAGAAAGGCCAAGUGUUUGUGAGGGAGGUUAUACAUGACCAAGUACAAUCAUAUUUAAAGAAGCUUAAGUUGAUAAAUCAAGAUGCAAAAUAAAGAAUUUCAGCAAAGUACUUUGUUGUGACAUUUAGAUGGUUUUACGCCUUUUGAUUUUUCAUAAAUGAGUUCAGUGGAAGCUCUAUAAACAAGGAUGUUUGUUCAAAAAGAAAAUUACAUGAACAAACUGUCAAAGUGUUAAAGGAAUACUCCAUCCAAAAAUAUUUUAUAUCUUUCUUUUAUUCCAUGUAAUUUGUAAUGGUAGACGAGAAAUUUUUGAUCUCAUGUUUUCAUGCCCAAUGGAGAGAAAUAAGUUCACGAUACAGUAGAGACCAGUGGUGUGUUCCUGAGCAGCACCACACGCCCCAUUUUUUUAAAAAUGAAACUUUUAUUUAGGUCAGCCAAAGCAACUGUGUUUCCAUAGACACAGAAAUCCAAUACAAAGGUCUUUACAAACUGUAUAUUUUCCAGAGAUUUUGGAUCCAUUACGUUGAUUUAGGAGUGCUUGUAAUUUUGGAUACCGAGCAUUUUGGUUAAGAGGGAUCCAUGAUGAGAAGUUUUAAUGCAAGUGAGAAAUUAGAAUAGCCGCGAUUUAAGCUAAUGUGACUAUAAAUAAAAAAAAAAAUGGUCUCUGUAAGCUGCCGAGCCGUGUAGAUUUUUACUGACAUUGUGCUCCCACCAGAACAUUUUAAAUUAUUUCUGUUAUCGGGUGGCUUUAAUCAAAACUACUAUUCAAGUUGCCAAACCCUUAAUUAGUCAGCCAGCAUGUUAUUGUAAUAAAUGGAUGACAGUAUGAUUUCCAAGAGCUGAUCUCGUAUGAUGGUGUGUGAAAUGGUGGUCUGUAAUAUCAGCCGGCAUGUUAUUGUAAUAAAUGGAUGACAGUAUGAUUUCCAAGAGCUGAUCUCGUAUGAUGGUGUGUGAAAUGGUGGUCUGUAAUAUUUUCAGUUUUCUUUCCAUCUGGUACAAGUUAAUUUUUACCCCUGGAGUUCAUACAAGUGUAAUGUUGAAGAGCAUCCUACUAGUAACUAAAAAAACCUAAGGGUCUGAGUUAGUGUCUCAGUUUAAGAAGACACAGCAUUACCGCAGAGUAGUGACUGCCUUUGACCUGCUAAUUUCAGUGCUACACAAACUGAUUUUUGGAUGAAAACAGAUUUCUUUUCAGUUAGAAAUUUAAAAUAUGAAAAAGUGUAAUGGAAUGAAGAGUUGCUUUGGUAGUCCUAUUGUAUAUAUUCUGCCAAAACUGUUUUCAUUGUAACUUUUAAAAUAGGAGGUUGGAUUUUCUCCCUAUUCUUUAUAUUUUCAGCAGGUGAAAUACAUCAAAUUGAAUUUUUUAUAUAUCCUUAAGCAGAGGAAUGCAUCAACCAUAUUGUGUAGUGAUGUUAUAAGUAUGGAUUAUUAUGUGGCAAAAUUAGUUUACCCCUUUCCUUCUUUCUUUCUGUGAAUCUCUGAAGAAAGUGAAAUGCCUAGCUCAGUACUGUAGUACAGUUCCAUGUAGCUAAAUUGCACGAAACCCGGCUAGAAAUGUCCAUGGAAGAACAAAGCGCUUGUAUCGAGACACAUUAUGUUGAUCAUAGAUAGGGAACUUGGUAGAUAUUUGGAAUUAUAUACCACUUUUCUGUGCAGUUCUUGUAAAAUAAAACAUUUUUACUGAAUUACA